AUGGUCCGGCCCACAGCUUUAGCCCCUCCCACCUCCCGGCCCGCAGCCAAUACCUGUGUCCAGCAGAGAGAGAGAGGUCUGGGAGCGUCUCAGGGAGACCAGCAGCUCCAUGUCAACAAUAGACACAGCCCGACUGGUGAGGGCCUUCGGAGCCCACAGGGUCAGAGGGCUGAAUACACAAGGUGGGUUCAACAAGGUGAGGGCCUGGGUCGGAGCCCACAGGGUCAGAGGGCUGAAUACACAAGGUGGGUUCAGCAAGGUGAGGGCCUUCGGAGCCCACGGGUCAGAGGGCUGAAUACACAAGGUGGGUUCAGCAAGGUGAGGGCCUUCGGAGCCCACAGGGUCAGAGGGCUGAAUACACAAGGUGGGUUCAGCAAGGUGAGGGCCUUCGGAGCCCACAGGGUCAGAGGGCUGAAUACACAAGGUGGGUUCAGCAAGGUGAGGGCCUUCUCGGAGGGGGUCAGAGGGCUUCGGAAUACACAAGGUGGGUUCAGCAAGGUGAGGGCCUUCGGAGCCCACAGGGUCAGAGGGCUGAAUACACAAGGUGGGUUCAGCAAGGUGAGGGCCUUCGGAGCCCACAGGGUCAGAGGGCUGAAUACACAAGGUGGGUUCAGCAAGGUGAGGGCCUUCGGAGCCCACAGGGUCAGAGGGCUGAAUACACAAGGUGGGUUCAGCAAGGUGAGGGCCUUCGGAGCCCACAGGGUCAGAGGGCUGAAUACACAAGGUGGGUUCAGCAAGGUGAGGGCCUUCGGAGCCCACAGGGUCAGAGAGCUGAAUACACAAGGUGGGUUCAACAAGGUGAGGGCCUUCGGAGCCCACAGGGUCAGAGGGCUGAAUACACAAGGGACCAGCCACAGGACCAGCCACAGCCUUAGUAAACUGUACAGCACCAUCCUCCAGCAGAGGCAGAGCAAGGAGCAGAGGAGAGGGAGGCCCAGAGAGACUCCUCAUAUCCCCCCAGUCCCCUCAGAGUCUACUGGCACUGAUAACUCUGUAAUUCCAGCUGACUCUGCAUCUUCAACCAGCACCUACACCCUCCCCUCGCAUCGUGGCCCCUCCCACUCCAAGAAGGCAGUCAAACAUGUCAACAAAGGCGUACAGGCAGGGGACCUGGAGAUUGUGAGUAACGGAACACGUCGCCACACCCGAGACGUCGGCACAACGUUCCCCUCGCCAGGCUCAGCCAGGGGUGCCAGGGUGCUCCCCUCCUCACACUCUGGUAGCAAGAGGGGUAGAGCGGGGGACAGGAGCCCUCCUAAAACGCAGAGGAAGAGGAAGAUGAGCCAACCCUCUGCCAGGCCCUACUACCCUCAAGGUGUAUCAUGGUACAUCCCUGCUGAGGACCUGAGAGCUGAGGGCAGGAAGGAGAACAGGCCGGAGCAGCAGCCCCUCCAGGGCCCCGCCUGGUUUGAACCCUACAGCAGAACCACCCGGCCCUGGAGAGAACCACUCAGACAGAGACAAAUACAGGACAGGGAAAGACUGACAGACAGACUACAGACCAAUCAGCUGGAGGCUGACCGCGACAGACCCAGUGAGAGGCAGCUAAUCAAGCACAGCAUCAUCACCCCUCCUGGGCCUGAACCCACUGGCAACGCCCCUGCCGCCCUGGUCCGCAUCUCUCUCCAGGAGGCUCUGGAGCUGCGCCGGCCAGAGUUUGUGUCUCGGUCUCGGGAGAGGGUGAAGCGUCUGGUGCUGCAGGGCGAGGAGAGGAAGCUGCAGGUCGUCUUCAGCAGAGAGAGAAACGAGCUCUUCAACCAACCCAGAAGACCAGGGCGACUGGCCCAACCUGCAGGCACGGCGGUGUUUCAGAGAGCCGUUCCCAAGAAGGAGAUGGUGCAGCGAUCUAAACAACGGUCAGGCCUUGAACAGGAAGCAGGCUCUAACAACAGGGGGGCCAGGAGGAGGAGGAUCUAUGAGCAGCUGCCAGAGGUGCAGAGGAGGAGAGAGGAGGAGAAGAGGAGAGAGGAGUACCGCUCUUACAGACUCAAUGCUCAGCUCUACAACAAGAGAAUCACCAACAGAGUCCUGGGCAGACAAACACCCUGGCAGUGAGCGCCACACCCAGGAGGACUUUUCCACUUGAUUCCGUGUACGUGUGCUGUGGAAUAAAAUACAAUGUAGUUCAAUUGUUUACAUUUUUGAACAUUUUAUUCCGAUCUGCAAGCUUCCAUUUUGUUCACCUUUUUAAACACAUUAUGAAGUGAAAAGUAAAUAAUUUGUCUGUUUCUAAAGAGACAGGGUCAUAAUUGGUGUGCAUUUAAAUACUUAUUAUUAUAGUUUUUUUAAUGAGGAAAAUAUAAAUAAACAUGCUUUCUACACUCUA